AUGCAUACCACCGAAAUACACGGCAUCAACACCAUCCUCGAUUUGUCUGAAAUCAUCCCUUCGUCAUCGCCACAAUAUAAAUCUGAAUCGCAAACAUGGCAAGCCCAUCGGGAUUUACAUCCUAAAAUCCUCGCUGCACCCAAAUGUCUGGGGAGACUUGCUGCACUUGUUGCUUUUCUCGCUACUACCGAUCUGGAUUGGGCCGUGAGAUGCCAGGGUAUCGGAGAUGCGAGCGCGGGAGAUGUGUUGGUGAGUUUGUCCGGUUUCAAAGAGUUUGUAUUCGAUGAGAGCAGUGAGAGUGUUAUCGUUGGAGCGGGAUGCAGUUGGGGUGAGGUGGAGGUGAAGCUGGAGGAAGAGGCGCCUGGGUAUCAAGGUACGAGUCUCCAUUGUUCCCUUCUACAAACUAUCAUGCUGAGAUGUGCUUCCAUCCANGCCUUAAGUGCACGUUGCAGUUUUGUUGGCGUAGGCGGUAUGGUUCUCCACGGCGGCCUGUCUUGGAUCUCGUCAACUUAUGGUCUCGCGUCCGACCCUCAAAACUUCCUCGACGCUCAAGUCGUCAAGCUAGACGGGACUGUUGUCUGGGCCUCUGAAGAGCCUGAUCUGCUUUUCGCUCUACGCGGUGGUGGUCAUGAAAUCGCCGUUGUCACUGCUUUCAAGUUGAAAGUGUAUAGAUACUCGCAGAAGAUCUAUAGCGGGAGUGUACAUUACCCUCGCUCCGCGUUGGGCGAGGUCGCAAAGGGAAUUGAGAGAUUUGCAAAGAGUAUGGAGCAGUGGCCUGGUGCGGCAAUGUAUUUGUACAACUUGGACUUGAUGGAAGGAUCAUUCAUCGGUGCGGCUGCCCAAUCUGGUAUAGCGAUCUGGCUAUUCGAUCCUGAAGGCGAAGAGCAUGGACGAAACAUUUUCGGCUGGGCUUUCGAGAUUGAGGGAGCUAUCGACAAGACCAAAGUCAUGAAUCUGCGACAGGUGAAUACCUACGGUGAAUCACUAAUCCUGCGUGCCUGGGAAUGGCUCGAAACCACAAUCGCUCUCGAUCCCUCCAAACUCCACGUCGGCACUUUUGUCCUCCUCGAGCUCUUCCAGAAACCCGUCUUCAGAUCUGCCGAUGAAAGUGAUCAGUGUGCUUGGCCACACACUACCAACCAGCAUCUAUUGCAACUGGGUGUGGGUAGAUGGGAUAAAGGCGAUUAUCCCACCCAGCUGGAUACGGAGGCUAUGGAUAUGCUCAAAAGUGCUGGAAACCGUGGAAUGAUCGGAGAGCGAUCNUUCGGUGACAACUAUGAGAAGCUUCAAGAGAUCAAGAAGAAGUAUGACCCAAGAGGUGUUUUGAUCAGGGAAAACGAAUGA